AUGCUUUCCAUUGCUUUGAAAGUCCCCAGACACUGUCAAUUGGCAUCAGCAGCAGCAGCAGCAGCAGCAGCAGCAGCAGCAGCAGCAGCAGCAGCAGCACGUCGCAGUUUCUCAAGCACUGUUACUACUCUGCAACAUCCUUCUUCAUAUAUUCCAGAGCCCGUUGGAAACAAAAUAGCUUUUGCCUUUGACAUUGAUGGUGUACUGCUGCGAGGCAAAACUGCAAUUCCAGAAGCAAAGCCUGCGCUUGAACUUUUGGCUGCUCACAAAGUCCCUUGGAUUCUUCUCACCAAUGGCGGUGGUAAGUCUGAGCGUGAACGUGUUGACGAACUUUCCCAUUUACUUGACUUCCCUAUUGCCGAGCCUCAGUUAGUCCAGGCCCAUACACCAUUCCGUGCCCUUGCACAAACUUACCACCGUAUCUUGGUGGUUGGCGGUGACGGUGAUAAGUGUCGCCGCGUGGCUGAGGAAGUAUACGGGUUCGAAGAUGUGGUUAUUCCUGCAGAUGUGGUACGCUCAGACCCCUCAGUAUGGCCGUUCCACAGGUACUCUCCUGAAGAACUUGCCACCAUAGCACGACCUAAACGUCUGUACGAGCCUGAGUCUGGGGAAGCUAAGAUUGAUGCUGUGUUGGUGUUUAACGACCCCCGUGAUAUGGGCACCGAUGUCCAGGUUGUGCUUGACUUGUUGUUAUCUCAGCACGGAUACUUUGGUACUCGUCGAGACUUACACUUAACUCAUAACAAAAACUCUCAAGUAUCUGCGCCCACAAUCAACGAUCUGAGCAUACCUUCUGUACCUAUUUAUUUCUGUUGCAAUGAUUUGUUGUGGGCAAAUAACUACCGAAUGCCAAGGUUUGGCCAGGGCAUGUUCCGAAUCACCAUUGAGCGGUUAUAUGCGGAAAUGACUCAUGGAGCCCAGUUGAAAACCACAGUUAUUGGGAAACCGUUUGAGCACACAUACCGAUACGCGGAGCAGGUGCUCAAUGACUGGCGGGCAAAGCGGUUUGGAGGACAAGCAGCGCUAGGCCCAGAGCACACUGUUUUUAUGGUAGGUGAUAACCCGGCGUCGGAUAUCAUGGGGGCCAAUAACUACGGAUGGUACUCGCUGUUGGUGCGCACAGGAGUGUUUAGAGAUGAGGACUUGGCCACGAUUGUUGCUCAACCCAAGCAGAUUUUGGAUAAUGUUAAAGAGGCUGUUGAGUUUGGCAUUGCCCAUGGGCUUCAAGUUUAG